AUGGGCGCUAAAAAUGGGAUUUUUAAUGUGAGCAUUGCAGACAUUCUGUCCGAGAUAAGAGGAAAUGAGCAAAGUUGGAAAGGGAGUGUGGGUUACGAUGCUUUGGUUGGAAUAUGCCAAUCUGAUGGCACACAAGGUCUUUUACCUUAUAAUAGAAUGGUGAAAUUCGACAAGUCAUUUACUGACAGGCAAACACCAAUUACGACCGAGAUCCAUUUAUCCAUCUAUCUAACCAUAUUAUCUAUCCACCAUCUGUCUGAUACAAACCAACACAACUCUUUUUAUCCUCAACUUCCUUCCUUCCCCCUCUCUCGCCUUCCCGCUUCAUCAUCAUCAUCAUCAUCAUCAUCAUCAUCUAUCUCUCAUUCUUUCAUGCAUUCAUGGUCGAUUCACCUCUGCCUAUUCCGAAAUUUAUCCGAAAGAUCUCCAUCGAAAGCAUUCUUUUUUAAAAAUGAAGAAACUGGUGGGAAAAGGAAUAUCCGAGAGUGUGGUUCAUGA